AUGACCUUCGACAUUGUCGGCAGUCUCACUGAAGCCGAGCGGGCAGCUAUCUUUGAAGUUGAACCGGAGGAUAUUAGAGUUGACGACCAGUUUGAUACUACUCCGCACUUCAUCAAAUUACUUUCUCCAGAUGUCAAGAGAGGCUUCGACGCUAUCUGGAUGAAUGUUGAACUUUCGACUCGUACGAAGUACAAAAAGCUUACGGAGUACGCAGAAGAGAAUUUCAACGAAGAACAGAUGAAAGGCUUCAAUGUCUGGAUGUCUGACAUUCUUAAGGCCCGAAAGGAGUUGGAUAAGAGAAUUAGCAAGCUCUCAUCAAAAGCUAAAGAGAUAUAUGAAAAAUUGAUGAAGAUACGUGGUGACGAGUCCAAUAUUCUGAGGUCAAUCACACCGGAGGUUUCAAACGAGCUUCACGGCCUCAUCUGA